AUGAAGCUACACCACAUCUCGUCCGCCCUCCUUCUCCUCCCUGCUAUCGCAACAGCCUUAGCCGACGCCAACGAUGCGAAUACGUUCGCGGAGCGCGACGUCGUCAAUGCGAACGCCGCCCUCCCGGAUGUAGAUAGCCUCGCUGCGGCCCCCAAGGGCUCUUCCCGUGGGACGCUGGACGCCCCCGUCGAUGGCAAAGAUGGACGACCACAUGCGGGCCCAUGGGUGGAAACAAGCGCGGACCGUGAUCGCAAGAAGCAGGGCAGUGCCAAAUCGUCGGAUGACAUGUUUCCUCCCGACCCCAAGUCUCAGCACCUAGGUCCUGACGGGCAACCGAUCCCGUACUCGAACGACGGCGUCAUGGACGAUCGAAACCGGGUAGGCCCCAAAGAGGGCACGCGGGGCACGGAGGGUGGUGUGUCGGAGAAGAUCAAGACACCCUCGUAUAACGCUGGCGAGAAGACGCCAGACACUCCGAAGGAGGCUCCGCCUCCGCCGCACAGCGAGCAGCAGAAAAUGCCUCCGUCGAAGGAGGAGGUUGAGGUCAAGGACUCGAAGAAUUCGGGCAAUCCUAACCUGGGGAAGGUCGAGAAACCUGCCGCCCUGCCGGAAAAACCGCACGACAUCCCCCAUCCCAAGGCCCCGACGUCCGUCAAGAACGAUCCUCUUGGCCUCGAUAAUUCGGGGACCCGCGAUAGCUCGUCGGUGGCGGGGGGGACACUGGUUGCUGAGGAAGAGGGCAGCGCCUUUCACUCUCUGCUCUUCUCCUUUACCAUGAUCGUCGUCUCCGAGAUUGGCGACAAGACGUUCUUGGUCGCCGCUCUGAUGGCCAUGCGCCAUCCCCGUCUGCUCGUUUUCUCGGCCGCCUUCAGCGCCCUCAUCGGCAUGACCGUCCUGUCCGCCAUCCUCGGACACGCUGUACCCACCCUCAUCCCUAAGACUUAUACCAAAUUCUUGGCAGCGAUCCUCUUCUUCGUCUUUGGGCUGAAAAUGCUCAAAGAAGGCCGCGACAUGGCUCCCGACGAGGGCGUCGGUGAGGAGAUGAAGGAAGUUGAAAUGGAGCUCGAGGAAAAGGAGCACCAACAACUGCGCAUGGACCGCCGCCGUUCGUCUAUCACCCCUCAUUCCCUGGAAGCCGGCCGCAUGCCCGGUCGGCGCAAGUCUCGCUCGUCGGCCAACCGCCUCCCUUCGCCCCCCGAGAGCGUCUCGUCCUCCUCCUCUCGCGAUUCGUCGCCCGGUCGGGGUCGGCGGUGGGACGACUUCCUGGUCGGCAUGAACAACCUGCUGUCGCUGCUUCUCAGCCCCGCUUGGGUCCAGACGUUCGUCAUGACCUUCCUGGGCGAGUGGGGCGACCGCAGCCAGAUCGCCACUAUCGCCAUGGCUGCGGGGCAGGACUACUGGUGGGUGACCGUGGGAGCCAUCACGGGCCACGGUCUAUGUACGGCGGCGGCCGUCAUCGGUGGAAGUGCCAUCGCAGGCCGCGUUAGCAUGCGCGUCGUGACCCUCGGCGGCGCCGUUGCUUUCUUGGUCUUCGGAGCCAUCUAUUUGAUCGAAGCGUUAUUCUAUUAG